AUGUAUUGGAACCGCAACCGGCUUGCGCCUACAGACGCAAAUAAUAACACUGGGAUGAAACGAUACAGUUUCAUGCUCCCAACAUACACUCGUCAUAGCGAACAUGUUCCUCGGCCUGCGGCGUCGCCUACCCCAGUUGACCGCCGCCUUUCGGACUCGGGUCCGCGCCCCCCUAUGGACGAGUCGCAACCAGAUGGCGUCCAUACAUUGGGUCCAGAAUCUCACAAAAAUGAAAGUCUAAAUGGGCAUCACCAUCUCGACGAAUCUGGCGCUGUUAAUCAUGCCCAGAGUGGCUCGUCCGCAAAGAGAAAUCGGUUUAGCAUGCUGCGUUUCCGUCAUGCCUCUGAUCCUCAGCUUUCGGCAACCUACUCCCAGAGCGAGACAAGUAUACCCCCGGUCCCCUCAAUGCCUCCACCUCCAACAAUUAUUACCACCGCCCCCACCACCUCUUCUAACCUAGAUAAAUCAGCUCGGAAAACCAAAACGAGGUUUCCAUUGGUGAAGAAACUGUCAAAAGAAGCACUGAAUCUCGGGAAUAUGAGCGGCUCAGGAAACGCCAAAGGCCCAUACUCACACGCUCUUGGCGGCGUUCCUCCCAUCCACUACGAAGAGCCGGGACGACUGUCUACUUCUUCAUAUCGAAGUGGGCCUACGCAACGACAAUCAGAACAUGACAAUCGGCUUUCAGAGUCCUCUAGGUCUGAGUACAGCUCCGGUGACCGGGGUUCCGCGAGGAGCGAGGUUUCACACCCCAACAAGAAGUUCAGUAUGUUACGUUUGAAACGAAGCCGCCGUCCGCUUUUCCCACUCCCUGUCAAGCUCCCUCCACCGGGCUCUGAUCUGUCUGCUAGCGGCCGACAGUCUCCGAUUUCCAAUGGGGAUAAGAUGGAUCUUUCUCAACCUGACGGAGACCAAAUCUCUCCAUUGCCAUCCCCUACACAUUCUUCUGUCAAACUAUCGUCUCCAAAGGCAAUAAGUGCGCCUCGGCUUUUCCGCAAGAAUUCUACCACGUCGGCCGCUUCCGGGAAAUCUGCAUCGUCCGCCAAAGGCCGUGUGAGACGGGGACGAUCUUCAACUUUAAAUUCGCUUAUUGACGCUGCUCGGAGUGAAGAUGACCCACAUAACUCAUCAUCGAAUAUACCAUCAGGCCGCAAUUCGACUUCUACAAAUGGACGCAAGAGUUUUGGUGAUAUAUUUAAUCUAAGCAACAAGUUGCGACAGAACCCCGACCUAUCGGCUGGUCGAGACGGCCGUGCGAGUCCGAAACCCCCAGGUACACCUGGCUCCGAUUCUAAAUACGCCUCCUUCGCAGCCUCACGCAGCAUGUUGUCGUACCCAGACCGAGCGGAAGAUGAUACACCUGCCACGUACCUAGUUAAACUCCAGGAGACAGUCCCUAAGGGGUCAAUUGCUACGAUAUUGUCCAAGUCAGACGAUGAUUUUUCAAAAGUUGCUUUGCGUAAAUUCAUGAGAACAUUUUCUUUCUUUGGUGAACCGAUUGAUAUGGCAAUUCGCAAGCUAUUGAUGGAAGUCGAGCUACCAAAAGAAACCCAACAAAUCGAUCGGGUCCUGCAGGGAUUUGCAGACCGUUAUUACGAAUGCAACCCGGGGAUUUUUGCAUCUACUGACCAAACUUACUUUAUAGCUUUCUCUAUUUUGAUCCUUCACACAGACGUGUUCAACAAGAAUAACAAGCGAAAGAUGCAGAAACAAGACUAUGUUAAGAACUCACGCGUAGACGGCAUCUCGGAGGAUAUUCUCGAGUGUAUAUACGAGAACAUAUCUUAUACCCCGUUCAUUCACGUUGAAGAUGAGCUAAAUCUCAGCACACGACAGAUGCCAAAGAGAAGGGCUCUUUUGAAAGUGGCUAGCUCGGACCAUUUAGCACGGGGUUCAAACCAACCUGUGGAUCCUUACGCUGUCAUUUUGGAUGGAGCCUUGGAUAAUCUACGCCCAAGUUUGAAAGAAGUUAUGGAUAUCGACGACAGCUACAGCUUUCCCGGUGUGGAUGGAUUCAAAGAAAUCGAGAGUUUACACCAAGCGUUCUCAAAUUCUGCAAUUCUUCAGAUAGUUUCAGCUCGGUCACGACCUGAUGCUUUCAUGACAUCUACAACCAUCGAAAAUCCGAUCGAUUCACACCCGGGCUUGGUCGACAUCAAGGUUGUGAAGGUAGGCCUGCUUUGGCGUAAAGACCCAAAGAAAAAGAGGGCUCGCUCUCCUUGGCAGGAAUGGGGUGCUCUUUUGACCUCAUCGCAAUUGUAUUUCUUCCGCGAUUUGUAUUGGAUCAAAUCUCUUAUGACCCAACAAGAGAACCAGCAAAAACGGACAGCUCGGACGCUAUUGGUAUUUAAACCACCGGUCACUGAAUUCAAGCCAGACAGUAUUAUGUCAACUUCUGAUGCAGUUGCCUUGAUCGAUUCCGCUUACAAAAAACAUAAGCAUGCCUUUCUUUUUGUUCGCCAUAAUGGUCUCGAGGAAGUAUUUCUUGCAAACUCAGAUGCCGAUAUGAAUGAUUGGCUUGGGAAGUUGAAUUAUGCAGCAACCUUUAAGACGACAGGCGUUCCAUUGAAAAGUACGGUUGGAACUCAUUAUGAAGGUCGAAGGCAUCAGAAAGUGACACGCAUGGGCUCUAUCUCCUCGGAGGAAUCUCAGCCACAAUCUCAGGCUCAAAUGGAUGUCCAUUCUGCUAAUAAAUAUUACGUCGACCCGCAUCUUGUAGAGGAGAUGUCAGCUGCUCGUCGGCAAUUGAUGGCCCAGAGGGUUAUAGAAGCCGAUGAAAAGCUGUCUGGUUGCCAGAAGCAGCUUGACGAUCUUCUCAGGAACGCUAGGCAUCUCCAGAUUUUGACCCCUGUGAAUGUCAGAGCCAGAGAAAACGUCAUAUUGGCUGCUGGACGAAUGUCCGCCAAGCUUAAAUGGGUACGCUACGAUAUCUGGCGAACCAAAUGCUACAGACAACUACUGGCGCUGGACCUAGGCCUUGAAGAAAAGCCAUCUAAAGAUGCACAGAAACACACCUCAUUCGCCACGGCUAAGACAAGCCAGGCUUCAUUAGCGAGACUCGACUCUGUUCAAAGCUUCUCUACUGCUCAUCAAAGCAUCGACGGUACUUCCAAUGGACCAACCUCCCAAAGCCCUCCUGACGAAUUGACGAGCACGGGUCUACUUGCCUCUCGGCUAUCAUCGGAUGGUCGUCGGCUAAGUUACACUCCGUCUGCUUUAUCAUCAGAAGUUCACGACGACAAACAGCAGAAAGUUGGAGAGGCAUCUGAAAAAGCGACUACCCCUAGCGAUGCUGGUCAAAGUAAGACAACAGAGUGUGAACAAUCUGUGCUUAGCUCCGGCAGGGAAGGCGAAGCCGGCAGCCUUAGUUCUCCAAAGUUGAAACCCACAACGAGCAUUCCGAAUGUUGAUGAAGGGGAAGAGCAAGUCCUUCGCGAAGCGGGACUUCUAGGUAUUGAUGGACCUACGGGACCCUCACAAACCUCCGCGUUGGUAGACGAAAUAGAAAGCAACGAAAAGCCGACGGAAGAAAAGAAUGAUGCUAAAUCUGGCGAUCUUCGUGGCCGGAGCCGUCGAAGUCUACAGCGAACUCUGCGAGAUUCUCAUCGGCCGAGUCACCAACGUAGUAGGAAGGGACGAGAGUCGUCUUCUAGCCUCCCUAUUGUUGAUAGCACUGCUAGCGGGGAAGGUGAAGGGUUAUCUAGGAAGGAUACAAACUUCACUUUGCACGGAAAGAAAGCCUCUGUCAUCACAUUUGGCUCUGAAUGGCAGAAUAUUUCUCCUGAAGAAAGACUGCAACUCCGUAAGUCGGCAGUGUCUGAGGAACUCAGAGCCUCGGAAUCAGGUGGCGACGCGCAUGAAUCUACUCGGUCAGCAUCCAUUCACAGCGCUAGACCGCAGUCAAUCCGGAGUGCUAGUACCGCGACUGCGAGAAGCUCUCGUUUGGUAGACAGUGUAUCGGUAGCUGGCGAUAUCCCAGAAAUUCCAUCGUUAGAUGUUUUGAAAAAGGAGCAAGCAGGUUCUUCUUCCACACAAAACAAAAGUAACGAGAUCGUUACAUCCACCACAUCCACCAAAGUCAGCGACGUUAUAAAUGAAGAUGUGAAUGGCCGAGAAAAUGGAGACUUUGUUGAUCAAAUAUCUGUUCCAGAAGGUCCCAAACACAGCCCUCAUGAACAAGCAGUUGGCGCAUGA